AUGCUAGUUCGAUUGUUGGAACGAGCAGGACACCAGUGCUUCUCUGCAUGCGACGGACAGGAAGCCAUUGAUACCGUUGUGGCCAACCGGAAAGCCGCUACGAGUACGGCUGAUGCGCAGCGCGACGAAGGAACCAUUGCCCCGGACAUGAUCGACACCGUGCUCAUGGACUAUGAGAUGCCAGUCAAGAAUGGACCAGACGCCACGUUUGAUCUGAGACAGCUGGGGUUUAAAGGGGCAAUUAUAGGUGUUACCGGGAAUGUCCUUCAUGAGGACGUCGACUACUUCAAAAAGAAGGGCGCAAACGAUGUCCUACCCAAACCG